AUGGAAUCUCACAUGGAAUCUCACAACAAGGACAAACGUGAAAGUAGGCGCAAGGAUCGGAAGGGUGGAGGUCUUCACAAUGGAAAACUUGGUUUUGAGAUGAAGAAGUUAGAUAGAGAGCAUAGGGAGGCAGUUGAGUCUGCAACAAAAACAGACCUUCUCUUACAAGAAGAAGCCGGAUUUAUGGAAGCGGAGGGAAUGGAAAGGACAUACAAGUUUCGCCAAAAUGAUAUUGUGAAAGAAGUCGAUGUUGGUACUGCAAAGAAGGGAUUUAACUUGAAGCUGGAUCAAUAUGGACCUUAUACUCUAGACUAUACAAGGAAUGGCAGGGAGCUCUUAAUCGGAGGCCGUAAAGGACAUGUCGCUGCUUUUGAUUGGCAGUUAGGAAAACUUGAUUGCGAGCUGUUUCUCAAUGAAACUGUUCACGCAGUAAAGUUUCUUCAUAAUGAUCAGUUCUUCGCUGUGGCACAGAAGAAAUACACAUUCAUCUAUGACAGGACGGGAACAGAGCUUCAUAAACUCAAGCAGCACAUUGAUUGCACUUUACUAGAUUUUCUACCUUAUCAUAUGUUGCUAGCUACUGCUGGUAAUUCGAGCCAUUUGAGGUAUCAUGAUGUCUCUACAGGUGAGCUUGUAUCCGAUCUUCGAACCAAGCUUGGGCCCACUCUUGCUAUGAGGCAGAAUCCCUGGAAUGCUGUCAUGCAUUUGGGCCAUGGAAACGGAGAAGUUACACUUUGGUCACCGAGUAUGUCUACGCCACUAGUAAAAAUUCAGGCAUGCCGUGGUCCUGUGAGAGCGUUGGCUGUCAAUAGAGAUGGAAGAUAUAUGGCUGUUACUGGUGCUGAUAAGACGCUAAAGAUUUGGGAUUUGAGGAAGUUAAAGGAAAUCGGUUCCUAUUAUACACCUACUCAGGCCAGCACUGUUGAUAUUUCGGAUAGAGGAUUACUUGCGGUGGGAUGGGGUCCACAUUUAACGGUAUGGAAGGAUACUUUGAAACAAAACCAGAAGUCUCCGUAUAUGAACCAUAUGAUUCCUGGCUCGGAAGUACAGACAGCUAGAUUUGUUCCUUUUGAGGAUAUAUUGGGAUGUGGUCAUAACAACGGAAUUUCCUCUCUUAUUGUGCCUGGUGCUGGUGAGGCUAACUUCGAUGCUUUAGAGGUGAACCCUUACGAGACCUCAAAACAACGACAGGAGUCUGAAGUGAGAUCGCUAUUGAACAAACUUCAACCUGAUAUGAUUACUUUGGAUCCUGAUGUUAUUGGUACCGUAGAUAAGAGAAAGCCUCAGCAGAGGCUAACUCCCUCAGAUUUGUCAGAGCUACGCGAGAAAGAGAAGGCCAUUCCAGGAAAAACAGGUGAGGAAAUUGACGGUUUGAUUCUUUCUUCCUCGACGGGCAAGAACUCUAGAUUGAGAAGGAUGAAGAGAAAGCAGAGAAAGAAUCUAGUUACCGAGAGAUCGAAGCGUGUUGAGAAGGCUCUUCAAAAAGAGAAGGACCUUAGAAAACGUAAGUGGGAAGCUGAUCAAGGUGUUAAGCAGAAGAAGGAUGUGCUUUCGGAAACUUUGUCAAGAUUUGAUUAG